AUGGCGCCUGCAUCUUCUCUUCAUCGUCACCAAUCAUCUCCUGAAGGCAUUAUUGAUUUCAAUGCACAGCCUCCCUUAGAACCUGGUCUACGCCUCUCAGCUAGCCAUCGUUUCUACCAGAUAGUCAACCAUUUCGAUGCUUCUGGUAGCGGCAACAACGGUAAAUACGACCGCAUAAAACUUGUCCGCCUCACCUACGAAUAUGCGCGAUCCGAAGAAUCUAAGGGUAACUUUCUGAGUGCAUUCUUCCAGUCUGCGGCUUUUCCCAUGGAUGGGGAGGAGGCCAUUGAUUUCGGCGAUGCAGACCUGGAGGCCGAGCUUCGCACUUCCCUGUUCAACUUCGCCGAGUAUCUCUUUGAGAAUUUCUUUUUGCCAUUAAAGGCGUCUACUAAGAAGACUCCCCAACCUUCGCCUGCAACCCAUUCCGCAGUACAAAGAACCCAGUCACAAGGGCAAAAUUUUGUUGGAACGCCAGAACUGGUAUCAGCUCUCCGCGGUGCCUGUCUAGUCCGCGAUCGCCAUCGUUGCAUCAUAUCGCGCCGGUUUGAUCAGAACGAGGCAUUUAAACGCAUGACCAAAUAUGGUUAUGAGGCUCGGGACGACGAUGGAAUUCCCCUUGCAGGGGAAGCUUUUGAUGCUCUCGAGGUGGCACAUAUCUUGCCGCAUUCACUUACACAGGUCAACGCAAGCUUGCAAUUAGACCCUUCCAAGGAAGCUGCACUGGCGAUUCUUAAUAUGUUCGACAGCGGUGCUGCAUUCCUGGUUGAAGGCACCGAUAUUGAUCGACCUCGUAAUGCCAUGACCUUAACACAUAGCCUGCACCUGUAG